AUGAAUGUGGCUGAAAGAGGCCUAAUAGAGAAAAGAUGGAGCAAAGUCAUAUCGUUAUUCACUCCCAGAAUUCAAAUACACUCCGAUCACUUCUCUCUCUUCAGCUCAAUCGCUAACUCCCUCGAGAAGAAGAUGGCUUCACGGCGUCAAGAGACUGAGCAACCAGAAGCUCAAGCUUACUAUCAGAAGCCAACAAAGCCGUGGUUCGUAGCGAUUCUUUACAUACUAAGAGAACAGAGACUCGUCUGCGUACUCAUCGGCAUUGCAAUCGCCUCAUUAGGUUUCACGUUGUUCUCUCCAUCCGGUUCAACCCAACCGAUUCCCUACUACUCGGAUCCCAUUUCAGUGGGAUCGUCGUUGGCGUUGGCGCAGAGGAAACCAUCCAGCAUCGAGUAUGGGAUGGGAUCGGCAUCGGCGGGAGGAAGAAUCCCACUGGGUCUGAAACGCAAAGUGCUCAGGGUGGUGGUGACCGGUGGGGCCGGUUUCGUGGGGUCACACCUGGUGGACAGAUUGAUUGCGAGAGGAGACAAGGUGAUGGUCGUUGAUAAUUUCUUCACGGGAAGUAAGGAUAACGUGAUGCACCAUUUCGGCAACCCGAACUUCGAGCUCAUCAGGCACGACGUCGUCGAACCCAUCCUUCUUGAGGUUGACCACAUCUACCACCUGGCCUGUCCGGCUUCUCCGGUUCACUGCAAAUUCAACCCGGUCAAGACGAUAAAGACCAAUGUAUUGGGGACAUUGAACAUGUUGGGGCUAGCCAAGAGAGUGGGAGCCAGGUUCCUGCUCACUAGUACAAGUGAGGUGUACGGAGAUCCUCUCCAGCACCCUCAGGUUGAGACUUACUGGGGCAACGUUAAUCCCAUCGGUGUUCGGAGUUGUUACGAUGAAGGGAAACGUACAGCCGAGACGUUGGCCAUGGACUACCACAGAGGAGCUAACAUUGAGGUUAGGAUAGCUCGAAUCUUCAACACAUAUGGGCCAAGGAUGUGUAUUGACGACGGUCGUGUGGUUAGCAACUUCGUUGCCCAGGCAUUAAGAAAAGAGCCAUUGACUGUUUAUGGCGAUGGCAAGCAGACAAGGAGUUUCCAGUUUGUCUCUGAUCUGGUGGAGGGUCUGAUGAGGUUGAUGGAAGGAGAACACGUUGGGCCAUUUAACCUUGGUAACCCUGGUGAAUUCACCAUGCUUGAGCUUGCUAAGGUGAUUCAAGAGACGAUAGACCCAAACGCAAAGAUAGAGUUUAGACCAAACACAGAGGACGACCCACACAAGAGGAAACCAGACAUCACAAAGGCCAAAGAGCUUCUAGGUUGGGAACCAAAGGUGUCUCUGCGCCAAGGACUCCCAUUUAUGGUCAAAGAUUUCCGUCAGCGUGUCUUUGGCGACCAGAAGCAGGAGGAAACCACAACAACAUCUUCUUCAUGAAGCAGCCUCGCUCAUAGAUCCUAUAUAAACAAAAAUCCAUAACUCCAUGACUAUAUAUAAUAUUUUUUUCUCAUUCCUUUUUGUUAUUUUUGAUUGCCGUUUUUCUACUCAUUGUCAAUGUACUUUAGACCGGGACCUCACACCGAUUUUAAAACUUUUGUUACCA